AUGGAGUUCAAAGACUACUCUUUUCUCAGACUUGAUGCAGCUCUUCUCAAAUUAGAUGUCUACCCUCAGGCUGCGGCUACAGUUGAGACCAUAUGUAAAAUCCAUGGAAACCUUCAAUUGGGCGAGCAGAUUGCCAAAACACUGCUGGAUUGCGGAAAUGCAGAUUCAGGAACUUAUAUUCUUCUAUCAAAUGCAUAUGCUUCAACAGGGAAGUGGAAAGAAGCUGCACAAAUGAGGGUAAAGAUGAAGGAGGCGGGAAUCCAAAAGGAACCCGGCUGCAGUUCCAUAGAAGUGAAUAAUGAGAUUCAUGAAUUCAUUUUAGGAGCCAUAAGGCACCCUCAAAGGGAAAAAAUCUACAAAAAGUUAGAGGAGUUGAACCAAAUGUUAAAAUUAAAAGGGUAUUCUCCAUCAACAGAAGUGGUAUUGCAUGAUAUUGAAGACAGGGAAAAAGAAUGGGCUUUGGCAAUACACAGUGAGAGGCUUGCAAUAUGCUAUGGUUUAAUCUCAACAAAACCAUACACUCCAUUAAGGGUUGUGAAGAACUUGAGAGUAUGCAAUGAUUGCCACACAAUGAUAAAGCUCAUUGCUAAGAUCACUGAGAGAAAAAUUGUUGUGAGGGAUCGGAAUAGGUUCCACCACUUUGAAAAUGGGGCUUGUUCUUGUGGAGAUUAUUGGUGAAAUACAACUAUCAAUUUUAUUUCUAAACAAUGUGAAUUUUCUUUUGGUCAGUGUUGAGAAGAAUCAAUGUGUAGGGAUACAUUGAAAUU